CCCUGCGUUUCUCAGGAGGGAAGAGUUGGGGAGGCUCUGGCGGCUUGGGAUACUUUAAACCCUAACUUAACAGGGUUGCAGGGACACAAUAAGAGGAAUACUGGUUGGGGUCCCUAGUGAGUGGACAUUAAGCGGCUUCCUUGCUAUAAGGUUGCUGUUAACAUUGUCCCUGGAACCUCAUUUGAAUGAUUCUCUACAAGUGAUCAACAAUGAAGAAGGCAACAUAUGUAGAGUAUGAAGGUGAAGAAGAGAUCGUCGAGGAGUAUGUUGUGGAGAGUACGGAGUGGAUAUCGUCCGAAACACAGGUCACCGAGGCUGGGGGGUUGCCUGUGCGGAAGGUCAAGAAGAAGGCGAAGGUGGACACCUCCAAGUUCAUGACCCCAUACCUGGCCCACAGCGAGAAGAUGCAGGAGCUCUUCAGCCAUAACAAGUACCGGGAAACAUAUGAGCUGAACAAGGGCCAGCCGUACAAUAUCUCACCUGACACCAUGGAGAUCAGAAGGAUCAAGAAAGCUCAGGAGCAGCUCAGCGAGGUCAAAUAUCGCAUGGAAGGUAUAAAGUCCCAGACGAUGUGCAACUAUGAUGGAGAGGCCAGGGAAAUCGGUCAUGCGAAAAACGUUUCUGAGCUUGUUAGCAAAGUUCUGUACAGGCAGAAAUGGGAUGAGACCAAGGACAGGUACUUGCUGCCCCCCGAUGCCCCGGAACUUGUGCUGGCCAUGAAGAAUGCCGCUAACUACAGCAAGAAAUUGUACACAGAGGCCUGGAACGAGGACAAGACCAUGUACUACCCGUACAGUGACAGUCCAGAGCUCCGCAGGGUGGCGAAUGCUCAGGAAAUUCUCAGCGAUGUCAAGUACAAGAAGGGACACGAUGAGCGCAAGGCGAAGUACACCUCCCUUCCCGAUCCCCCCGACGUGGAGCUGGCCAAGAGGGUCUUCACUCAGCUCAGUGAUCUCAAAUACCGGGAGGAGUACAACACACACGUUAAGGGCCAGUGGUGUGAAACGCCUUAUUUUGACAUUGCAGUAGGGAAGAUGGUCAUGGACAACAUCAGCGCGAAAAAGUACGUAGCUGACCAUGAGGACACGAAAGACCAAAUUUACUUCAUGCAAACGGAGACCCCGGAAUACGAGUCGCACAAGAAGGCUAGAGAAGCUUCAAGCACAGUCAAAUAUAAGAAGGACUAUGAGAAGACCAAAGCGGUGGCAGAUUACAAUGUUCUUCCUGCGACAGAAAACCCCCUUCUGAGACAGAUGAGAUACGCCGGCAGCAUACUGAGCGAUAAAGUGUACAAGGAGAACUACGAGAAAUCAAAAGGUUCGAGUAUCAACUAUUGCGAUACUCCCAAGUUCCAGAUGGACAACGUGCUGAAAAACUUCUCAGAUCUGCAUUACAAAGAAAAGUAUGAAAGUGACGUGAAGGGACAUUACAUCGGCAGCUAUGAAGACGUCUACAUGCUCCACUGUCAGAAGAUGGAGGAGAUAAAGAGCGACAGGAAUUAUAAAGCAGAUUAUGAAGACAUGAAGACAAGAUGCUACUUUCCCCAGACCCUAACUCCUGAAUAUGAAGCUACAAAGAAACUGCAUGAAUGUAGUGAUAAAGUAUACAAGCUGCAUCCAGACAAGGUGAAGUUCACACAGGUGCCGGACUCCCCCGUCCUGGUACAAGCGGCCAUCAACGCCAAACAGUUGAGUGAUCUUAAUUACAAGGAGGAGUACGAAAAGCAGAAGUUCAAAUGCACCGUGCCCCCUGACGAACCCUUCUUCAUUCAGUCCCGAGUCAACGCCUACAACCUCAGUGACAUGUGUUACAAGUAUGACUGGGAGAAAGCAAAAGCCAAGAAUUUUGAGGUUAAGGGCGAUGCCAUUCCAAUCCUCGCGGCCCGUGCUCACACCAACAUUGUCAGUGAUGUGAAAUACAAGAAAGAAUAUGAGAAGCAAAAAGGACGCAUGAUUGGUGCCCUGAGUAUUCAAGACGAUCCCAAGAUGCUGCAUUCUGUUCAUGUUGCCAAAAUACAAAGUGAUCGCGAGUACAAGAAGGACUAUGAAAAGACAAAGACCAAAUACCACUGUCCCCUGGACAUGAUGCUGGUGAACCUGGCCAAGAAGUCCCAGUCCAUCGCCAGCGACAUAGGCUACAAGAAUCUCAUCCACCGCUACUUCCUCCCCUACGAUAGCAUAUCCCUGGACCUGGCCAAGAAGGCCAAUACACUGCAGAGCAACAUUGAUUAUCGGGCUGACUACAACACUUAUACCAAGGGAACUCCCUGGAUUCCCUAUGGCUCGAUCGAUGUGGAAAAGGCCAAAAAAGCUGCCGAGAUCCUGAGUGAGAAAAAGUACAGGCAGCACCCAGACACCAUCCCCUUCACCGCCAUUGAAGACCACCCAGUCAUGAUGCAGGCCAAGAUCAACCAGGUUCAGAGGAGCGAUCUGAACUACAAGAAAGGUCUAGAUGGCAUUCUUCAGAAAUACUCCCUGCCCCCAGAUGUGCCCGAGUUGCUUCAGGCAAAAUGCAACGCCUACAACCUCAGCCAGAAUUACUACAAGCUGGACUGGCAGAAGACCAUAGCCAAAGGGCAUCACGUCAAGAAUGAUGCCAUUCCUGUCAUUGCUGCUAGGGCAGCCCGACAUGCAGCCAGUGACUACCAAUACAAGAAAGCCUAUGUGAAGUCCCGAGGCCAACAUGUGGGCUUCCGCAGUCUCCAGGACGACCCUCUGCUCGUUCACUAUAUGCACGUGGCCAAGAUUCAGAGCAACAGGGAGUACACCAAGGACUACCACAAGGCUAAGCUGAAGUACCACACUCCUGUGGACAUGCUGAGCGUCACACAGGCUAAGCAGGCGUCUGCUGUCAACACCAACAUUGGUUACAAACAGCCCAAACACCAUUAUGUUCUCCUGCCAGAUGCUCUGAAUCUGGAGCUCGCUCGAAACAUGAACAAUAUCGCAAGCGAUAAUAACUACAAAUCGGACUAUGAGAACUAUGUCAAGGGAACUGGCUGGAUCCCCAUUGGUUCUGUAGAUGUGGAGAAAGCUAAGACGGCUGCAGCAGCUCUCAGUGAAAGGAAAUACAGACAGCAUCCCGACACAAUCAAGUUCACUUCUGUUUCGGACACUCCGGUCAUGGUUCAGGCCAAGCUGAACGCACAGCAGCUGAGCAACAGAGAGUACAAAGCCAGUGGAGAGAAGUUCCUGCAUACCUAUCACCUCCCUCCAGAUGCUCCAGAAUUCUUGCAGGCCAAGUAUAAUGCAGCUAACAUCAGCCCGAAUUAUUAUAAAUAUGCUCAUAAAAAGGAUAUACUCAAAGGCCACCAUUUGAAGGAAGAUGCCAUUCCAGUUGUUGCUGCAAAAUCUUCCAGAGACAUUGCCAGUGACUACAAGUACAAGCUAGCUUAUGUGAAAGCAAAAGGCAAACACGUGGGCUUCCGCAGUCUCCAGGACGACCCCCUGCUCGUUCACUACAUGCACGUGGCCAAGAUUCAGAGCAACAGGGAGUACACCAAGGACUACCACAAGGCUAAGCUGAAGUACCACACUCCUGUGGACAUGCUGAGCGUCACACAGGCCAAGCAGGCGUCUGCUGUCAACACCAACAUUGGCUACAAGAAGCUCAUCCAUCACUAUGUCCUGAUGCCUGAUGCAAUGAACCUUCAGCUGACUCGAAACAUGAUGGAAAUACAGAGUGAUAACAACUACAAGAAUGACUACAACAGCAUAUACAAGGGUGCUGGCUGGGUCCCCAUUGGCUCUCUGGAUGUGGAGAAGGCCAAGGCGGCAGCCAGAGCUCUGGAUGAGAUGACCUACAGGCAACACCCUAGUACCCUCAAGUUCACAAGCCCAGUGGACUCAAUGAACAUGGCCCUAGCCAUGAGCAACACCAAGCAGCUCAAUAUUGGAGCCUAUAAGGCUUCAGGUGAGAAGGUGAAGCACAUCUACCAUCUGCCUGCAGACAGCCCAGAAUUCCUCCAGGCCAAGAUCAAUGCCAAAAGCUUGAGUGAGGUUAACUACAAACACCAGUGGAAGGAGGAUAUUGCUAAAGGAUAUGACAUGAGACAAGAUGCUAUUCCCAUUGUCGCUGCCAAACAUGGACGACAUAUUGCCAGCAACUAUCAGUACAAGAAGGAGUACGAGAAGAUUCGAGGGAAACACGUGGGCUUCCGUAGUCUCCAGGACGAUCCCCUGCUCGUUCACUACAUGCACGUGGCCAAGAUUCAGAGCAACAGGGAGUACACCAAGGACUACCACAAGGCUAAGCUGAAGUACCACACUCCUGUGGACAUGCAGAGCGUCACACAGGCUAAGCAGGCGUCUGCAGUGACCACCAACGUCGGCUACAAAAAGCUUCGACACCACUACGUGCUCCUGCCCGAUGCCAUGAACCUUCAGCUGACAAGAAACAUGCAGACCAUUGCUAGUGACCAUGAAUACAAGAGUGACUAUAACAGCUCAGUGAAAGGAAUUGGAUGGAUCCCCAUUGGCUCGUUGGGUGUGGAGACCGCCAAGCUCGGUAGCCAGCUGCAGAGCGACAUGAAGUACCGCACCCACCCCUCCAAAUUCCAGUUCAAAAAACUAAUGGAUUCUAUGGAUUUAGCUCUGGCCAAGACCAACAACCAGAUCAUUAAUAAGAACGCGUACGUAGAGGCUUGGAACAAGGAUAAAAUCAAGGUUCACAUCAUGCCUGAUAGUCCUGAAAUAGUACUGGCAAAAGCCAAUCGUAUCAACAUGAGUGAGAAAGCCUAUAAGGCCGGUCUGAGGGAUCUAAUACAGAAAGGCCACAACCUGAAACAGGAUGCCAUACCUGUUAAGGCAGCAAGGGCCUCCACCAACAUUGCCAGUGAUUACAAAUACAAACUAGCUCAUGUGAAGUCUCGAGGCCAACAUGUGGGCUUCCGCAGUCUCCAGGACGACCCCCUGCUCGUUCACUACAUGCACGUGGCCAAGAUUCAGAGCAACAGGGAGUACACCAAGGACUACCACAAGGCUAAGCUGAAGUACCACACUCCUGUGGACAUGCUGAGCGUCACACAGGCUAAGCAGGCGUCUGCUGUCAACACCAACGUCGGCUACAAAAAGCUUCGACACCACUACGUGCUCCUGCCCGAUGCCAUGAACCUUCAGCUGACAAGAAACAUGCAGACCAUUGCCAGUGAUAAUAUCUACAAAAGCGAUUACAAUAGCUACAUGAAAGGAAAUGGGUGGAUACCGAUUGGUUCCCUGGAAGUGGAGAAGGCCAAGACGGCCGCCCAGAUCGGAAGUGAGAAGCUCUACCGCCAGCACCCCAGCAACUUCAAAUUCACCAGGGACACUCAGGCUAUGGACAUAGUCCUGGCAAAGACCAAUGCCCAGACCUUGAACAAGCAAGCAUACAUUGAUGCUUGGGAAAAGGAUAAAACCAAGAUCCAUAUUAUGCCAGACUCCAUGGAGGUGACCCUGGCACGACAAAACAAGACCAUCUACAGCAAGAAACUGUACUCACUUGCCAACGAACUGGCCAAGAAGAAGGGUUAUGAUAUGCGAAAUGAUGCCAUCCCUAUUAAGGCAGCUAAAGCCUCCAGGGACAUUGCCAGUGAUUAUAAGUACAAGGCUGGUUACCGCAAACAAGUUGGUCACCAUAUUGGAGCUCUCAGCAUUAAAGAUGACCCCUUGCUCAUGUUGGCUUUGAACUCAGCCAAGAUUGCCAGUGAUGCUUUGUACAAGAAGGACUUUGAAAAGUCCAAGACCAAAUUUCACCUUCCAGUGAACAUGCUGGCUUUUGAGUUAGCCAAAAAAUGCCAGAUCCAAGUGAACGAUGCCAACUACAGAACUUAUCUUCACCGCUGGACCUGCCUUCCAGAUGCCACUGAUGUUGUUCAUGCAAAGCAGGUCUAUGACAUCCGGAGUGAUGUGGUGUACAAGUCUGAUCUGGGAUGGCUGAAGGGUUUGGGAUGGGUUCCCAUUGGGUCACCUGAGGUAGAGAAGGCAAAGACUGCUGCGUCGAUCCUGAGUGAGAAAUUGUAUCGGCAGCACCCAAGCAAAUUCAAGUUCACAAGCACCACCCAGGAUAUGGAAAUGGUUCUGGCUAAAACCAACAAAGACAUUGGAAACAAGCGAUUGUACACUAAAGACUGGGAGAAGGACAAGACCAAAGUUCAUAUGAUGCCAGACACCUUGGAGGUCAAUCUGGCUCGACAGAACAAGAUCAACUACAGUGUGAAACAGUACAAACUUGCCAAUGAACUGGCGAAGAAGAAGGGCUAUGAUAUGCGUGGUGACGCCAUUCCCAUCAAGGCAGCCAAGGCCUCCAGGGACAUUGCCAGUGAUUAUAAGUACAAGGCUGGAUACCGCAAGCAAGUUGGCCACCAUAUUGGAGCUCUCAGCAUCAAAGAUGACCCCUUGCUCAUGCUGGCUCUGAAUUCAGCCAAGAUUGCUAGUGAUGCUUUGUACAAGAAGGAUUUCAAUGAGUCCAAAACAAAAUUCCACCUCCCAGUGGACAUGCUGAUUAUUGAGUUGGCUAAAAAAUGUCAGAUCCAAGUGAAUGAUGCCAACUACAGAACUUAUCUUCACCGCUGGACCUGUCUGCCGGACUCCAACGAUGUUGUCCAUGCAAAACAUGUCUAUGAUCUACGGAGUGAUGUGGUGUACAAGUCUGAUCUGGGAUGGCUGAAGGGUUUGGGAUGGGUUCCCAUUGGGUCACCUGAGGUAGAGAAGGCAAAGACUGCUGCGUCGAUCCUGAGUGAGAAAUUGUAUCGGCAGCACCCAAGCAAAUUCAAGUUCACAAGCACCACCCAGGAUAUGGAAAUGGUUCUGGCUAAAACCAACAAAGACAUUGGAAACAAGCGAUUGUACACUAAAGACUGGGAGAAGGACAAGACCAAAGUUCAUAUGAUGCCAGACACCUUGGAGGUCAAUCUGGCUCGACAGAACAAGAUCAACUACAGUGUGAAACAGUACAAACUUGCCAAUGAACUGGCGAAGAAGAAGGGCUAUGAUAUGCGUGGUGACGCCAUUCCCAUCAAGGCAGCCAAGGCCUCCAGGGACAUUGCCAGUGAUUAUAAGUACAAGGCUGGAUACCGCAAGCAAGUUGGCCACCAUAUUGGAGCUCUCAGCAUCAAAGAUGACCCCUUGCUCAUGCUGGCUCUGAAUUCAGCCAAGAUUGCUAGUGAUGCUUUGUACAAGAAGGAUUUCAAUGAGUCCAAAACAAAAUUCCACCUCCCAGUGGACAUGCUGAUUAUUGAGUUGGCUAAAAAAUGUCAGAUCCAAGUGAAUGAUGCCAACUACAGAACUUAUCUUCACCGCUGGACCUGUCUGCCGGACUCCAACGAUGUUGUCCAUGCAAAACAUAUCUAUGAUCUACGGAGUGAUGUGGUGUACAAGUCUGAUCUGGGAUGGCUGAAGGGUUUGGGAUGGGUUCCCAUUGGGUCACCUGAGGUAGAGAAGGCAAAGACUGCUGCGUCGAUCCUGAGUGAGAAAUUGUAUCGGCAGCACCCAAGCAAAUUCAAGUUCACAAGCACCACCCAGGAUAUGGGAAUGGUUCUGGCUAAAACCAACAAAGACAUUGGAAACAAGCGACUGUACACUGAAGCCUGGGAGAGCGACAAGAAAAAAGUUCACAUGAUGCCAGACACUUUGGAGGUGACUCUGGCUCGACAGAACAAAAUCAACUAUAGUGUGAAACAGUACAAACUUGCCAAUGAACUGGCGAAGAAGAAGGGCUAUGAUAUGCGUGGUGACGCCAUUCCCAUCAAGGCAGCCAAGGCCUCCAGGGACAUUGCCAGUGAUUAUAAGUACAAGGCUGGAUACCGCAAGCAAGUUGGCCACCACAUUGGAGCUCUCAGCAUCAAAGAUGACCCCUUGCUCAUGCUGGCUCUGAAUUCAGCCAGAAUUGCCAGUGAUGCUUUGUACAAGAAGGACUUUGAAAAGUCCAAGACCAAAUUUCACCUUCCAGUGGACAUGUUAAUGAUUGAGAUGGCUAAGAAGUGUCAGAUCCAAGUCAACGAUUUCAACUACAGAACUUACCUUCAUAACUGGACCUGCCUGCCAGACUCCAACGAUGUUGUCCAUGCAAAGAAGGUCUAUGAUUUACAGAGUGAUGUGGUGUACAAGUCUGAUCUGGGUUGGCUGAAGGGUUUGGGAUGGGUUCCCAUUGGGUCACCUGAGGUAGAGAAGGCAAAGACUGCUGCGUCGAUCCUGAGUGAGAAAUUCUAUCGGCAGCACCCAAGCAAAUUCAAGUUCACAAGCACCACCCAGGAUAUGGAAAUGGUUCUGGCUAAAACCAACAAAGACAUUGGAAACAAGAGACUGUACACUGAAGCCUGGGAAAGCGACAAGAAAAAAGUUCACAUGAUGCCAGACACCCUGGAGGUGAAUCUGGCUCGACAGAACAAAAUCAACUACAGUGUGAAACAGUACAAACUUGCCAAUGAAGAGGCGAAGAAGAAGGGCUAUGAUAUGCGUGGUGAUGCCAUUCCUAUCAAGGCAGCCAAGGCCUCCAGGGAUAUAGCCAGUGAUUACAAAUACAAAGCUGGUUACCGCAAGCAAGUUGGUCACCACAUUGGAGCCCUCAGCAUCAAAGACGAUCCCUUGCUCAUGCUGGCUCUGAAUUCAGCCAGAAUCGCCAGCGAUGCUUUGUACAAGAAGGAUUUUGAAAAGUCCAAGACCAAAUUUAACCUUCCAGUGGACAUGUUAAUCAUUGAAAUGGCUAAGAAGUGCCAGAUCCAAGUCAACGAUUUCAACUACAGAACUUAUCUCCAUAACUGGACCUGCCUGCCAGACUCCAACGAUGUUGUCCAGGCCAGGAAAGUCUAUGAUCUACAAAGUGAUAAUGUGUAUAAGGCUGACUUGAAGUGGCUUCAAGGUCUGGGAUGGGUGCCCAUUGGUUCAUUUGACGUGGAGAAGGCCAAGAACGCUGCUGCCGUCCUGAGUGAGCGGAAGUACCGCCAGCAUCCCAGCGCCUUCCAAUUCACAACCCCCAGUGAUGCUAUGCCCAUCGCCCGGGCUAGGAACAAUGCCCAAACGAUGAACCAGCGCCUGUACACAGAGGCAUGGGAGAAGGAUAAGAAAAUUAUUCAUAUCAUGCCUGAUACCCCAGAGAUUAUUCUAGCUCAGCAGAACAAACUCACCAACAGCCGUAAAUAUUACAGGCAAGGCUUUGAGGAUACGAUUAGAAAGGGUUAUUUUCUACCCAGUGAUGCUGUUUCUGUGAAGGCGGCCAAGGCCUCCAGGGAUAUUGCCAGUGACUAUAAAUACAAACAAGGCUACCGCAAGCAAGUUGGCCACCACAUUGGUGCCCUCAGCAUCCAAGACGACCCCUUGAUCAUGUUGGCUUUGAACUCAGCCAGAAUUGCCAGUGAUGCUUUAUACAAGAAGGACUUUGAAAAGUCCAAGACCAAAUUUCACCUUCCAGUGGACAUGUUAAUGAUUGAGAUGGCCAAGAAGUGCCAGAUCCAAGUCAACGAUUUCAACUACAGAACUUAUCUCCACAACUGGACCUGCCUGCCAGACUCCAACGAUGUCGUCCAGGCCAGGAAAGUCUAUGACCUUCAGAGUGAUAAUGUGUAUAAGGCAGACAUGGAGUUCAUGAGAGGACUUGGAUGGGUGCCCAUUGGCUCUCUGGAUGUAGUGAAGGCCAAGAAGGCUGCUGAGAUCUUGAACGAUCGUCUCUAUCGCCAGAAACCAGAUUCGUUCAGAUUUACUCAAGAUAUGCAGUCCAUGCCCAUGGUCCUGGCCAAAACAAAUGCACAAACUAUUAAUAAGCGCCUGUAUAAUGAAGCUUGGGAGAAGGAGAAGCUCAAAGUGCAUGUUCCUCCAGACACACCAGAGAUCCUUCUGUCGAGGGCCAAUGCUGCAAACCUCAGCAAGAAACUUUAUAGGCAAGGUUUCGAGGAAGCGAUCAGGAAGGGCCAUGAUAUUAAACCAGAUGCUGUUUCCAUCAGAGCUGCCAAAGCAUCCAGGGACAUCGCCAGUGAUUACAAAUACAAGGCUGGUUACCGCAAGCAAGUUGGCCACCACAUUGGUGCCCUCAGCAUCAAAGAUGACCCCCUGCUCAUGCUGGCUCUGAAUUCAGCCCGAAUCGCCAGUGAUGCUUUAUACAAGAAAGACUUUGAAAAGUCCAAGACCAAAUUUAACCUUCCAGUGGACAUGUUAAUGAUUGAGAUGGCUAAGAAGUGCCAGAUCCAAGUCAACGAUUUCAACUACAGAACUUACCUUCAUAACUGGACCUGCCUGCCAGACUCCAACGAUGUCGUCCAGGCCAGGAAAGUCUAUGACCUUCGCAGUGAUGCCAUUUAUAAGGCUGAUAUGGAGUGGAUCCGAGGAACGGGCUGGGUCCCCAUUGGUUCACUAGACGUCGAGAAGGCAAAGAAAGCUGCCGAGAUCCUGAGCGAGAGGAAGUAUCGUCAGCACCCGAGCAAAUUCAAGUUCACCAGUAAAACCGAUGCCAUGCCCAUCGUUCUCGCUCAGACUAACGCAAAAAUAAUGGACCAGCGAGCAUACACUGAUGCCUGGAAUAAGGAGAAAAUCCACAUCCACAUCAUGCCAGACACGCCAGAAAUUACGCUUGCCCAACAAAACAGACUUAACACCAGCCUGAAACAUUAUAAACAAGGAUAUGAAGAUGCUAUAAGGAAGGGCUAUUACUUACCCAAGGAUGCCAUCUCUGUCCUGUCAGCCAGGGCUUCCAGGGAUAUCAUCAGUGAUUAUAAGUACAAAACCGGCUAUCGCAAGCAACUUGGGCAUCACAUCGGAGCCCGUUGUGUCCAAGACGAUCCAUUGAUCAUGAAGGCCUUCAAUGCUGCCAAGAUUUCAAGUGAUCUUGUGUACAAGAAGGACUUUGAAAAGUCCAAGACCAAAUUUCACCUUCCAGUGGACAUGUUAAUGAUUGAGAUGGCUAAGAAGUGCCAGAUUCAGGUCAACGAUUUCAACUACAGAACUUACCUACACAACUGGACCUGCCUUCCAGACUCCAACGAUGUUGUCCAGGCCAGGAAAGUGUACGACCUUCGCAGUGAUGCAGUGUACAAGGCAGACUUGGAGUGGCUACGUGGCUGUGGCUGGAUGCCUCAGGGUUCCCUGGAUGUCAUUAAGGUCAAGAAAGCUCAGACGAUCUUGAAUGACCGCUUGUACCGCCAGCCCCCCAGCACUGUGAAGUUCACUAGUGUUGUUGACCUGCCUGCCGUCGUCUUGGCCAAACAAAAUGCCGAAACAAUCAGCGAUAGAAAAUACAAAGAAGCAUGGGAGAAGGACAAGACUUCCAUCCACAUCAUGCCUGACACACCUGCCAUUGAGUUAUCCAAAGCCAACGCCAUCAACAUUAGUAAUAGGCUGUACACUAAGGCGUGGGAUGCAUCUAAGGCUAAGGGAUAUCACAUCAAACAAGAUGCCAUCUCUGUUCUGAAGGCCAAAGCUUCAAGAGAUAUUGCUAGUGAUUACAAAUACAAGGCUGGUUAUCGCAAGCAAGUUGGCCACCACAUCGGAGCCCUCAGCGUCAAAGAUGACCCCUUGCUCAUGCUGGCUCUGAAUUCAGCCAGAAUCGCCAGUGAUGCUUUGUACAAGAAGGACUUUGAAAAGUCCAAGACCAAAUUUCACCUUCCAGUGGACAUGUUAAUGAUUGAGAUGGCUAAGAAGUGCCAGAUCCAAGUCAACGAUUUCAACUACAGAACUUACCUUCAUAACUGGACCUGCCUGCCGGACUCCAACGAUGUCGUCCAGGCCAGGAAAGUCUAUGACCUUCGCAGUGAUAUUGUUUACAAGUCUGACUUGGAAUGGCUGAAAGGUGUUGGCUGGAUACCGCAUGAGUCUAUGGAAGUCGUCAAAGUCAGGAACGCCCAGAAGAUCGUGUCUGAUAGAGGCUAUCGUGUCAAACUGGAUGAACAGAAGUUCACAGCUCCUCUUGACAGAAUGGAUUUGGUUUGUGCCAAGAAUGCAGCAGAUGUCCUCAAUGAUGCUAAAUACCGCCAGGCUUGGCACCGUGACAAGGUUAAGUACACCAUGCUGGACACUCCACUGUUGGUGACGGCCAGAGAGGCAGCCAAAAACAUCAACUCAAAACUGUACGCCCAGGCCUGGGAUAAGAUAAAAGCCACAAGCUACUUCAUGCCUCCUGAUGCUGUGUCCAUUAAGCAAUGCAUCCAUACUUCACGCAUGAAGAGUGACUACAACUACAAGGCUGGUUAUCGCAAGCAAGUUGGCCACCACAUCGGAGCCCUCAGCGUCAAAGAUGACCCCUUGCUCAUGCUGGCUCUGAAUUCAGCCAGAAUCGCCAGUGAUGCUUUGUACAAGAAGGACUUUGAAAAGUCCAAGACCAAAUUUCACCUUCCAGUGGACAUGUUAAUGAUUGAGAUGGCUAAGAAGUGCCAGAUCCAAGUCAACGAUUUCAACUACAGAACUUACCUUCAUAACUGGACCUGCCUGCCGGACUCCAGCGAUGUCGUCCAGGCCAGGAAAGUGUAUGAUCUUCGCAGUGAUAUUGUCUACAAAUCAGACUUGGAAUGGAUUCGUGGUUGUGGCUGGAUAGCUGCAGAUUCGGUGGAUCACGUAAAAGUCAGAAAAGCUCAGCAGAUCCUGAACGAUAGAAUUUACAAGAAGAAUGCAGUAGAAAAUUUUGCCAAGUACACACACAUUGUGGAUCGUCCCGAGAUUCUGUUGGCCAAGGUCAAUGCAGCUAACCUCAGUGAUCUGAAGUACAAGGAGUCGUUCAACCUGGAGAAGGGCAAGUACAUUGGCUCAGAGGACACACCCCAGCUGGCCCAUAGCAGAGAAAUGGCCAAGAACAUCAGCGAGAAACUUUACAAGUCCUCCUGGGAUACAACAAAAGCAACGAGUUACCAGCUGAACGAAAAGUACCUCCCACUUGUGGGAGCUAAACAUAGCAGGGAUACUGCAAGCAUGGUUAAGUACAAGGAUGCUCAUGAAAAGGCUAAGGGUCACUAUAUGGCUUCAAUUGGUGCCGACUUCCCUGAGGUGGUCCGUGCCGCCGUAGUGGAGAAGAUGAAGGGGCUGAGAGAAUAUCACAAGGCGUAUGAAAGCACCAAGACCAAGCUUCACAUCCCUGUUGACAUGAUCAGCACCGUUGUGGCCAAGAAGUGCCAGGAGAUCCUCAGUGAUGUACUGUACCGCACAUACCUGCACCAGUGGACCUGCCAUCCAGACCAGAGCGACGCCAUCCAGGCCCGCAAAGCCAACGAGAUCCUGAGUGACGUGUUCUACAAAGACGACCUCAACUGGAUGAAGGGGAUCGGCUGCUAUGUGUGGGACACGCCGGAAAUUGUUCGAGCCAAGAAGUCCUACGAGCUCCAAAGCGACAUGAAGUACAGGGCAGAAGGAAAGAAGAACUUUAGUAACUAUUCCAUCGUGACGGACACUCCAGUUUAUGUCACCGCUGUCCAGGGCCACACCUGGGCUAGUGAUCUGAUUUACAAAGAGGCCUACAAUAAAGAGAAGCAUUUGUACACUACCAUCCUGGACACCUUUGACUACACAAGAUGCAGCAACCUAAAGGACCUCUUCAGCAACAGACUCUACAAAGAGGCCUGGGAGAAGAUCAAGGCAUCAAGCUACAAAGUGCCUGUGGACUCCAACGCACUGGUCCAUGCAAAAGAACAGAAAGCCAUCCUGAGUAAAGUGAAGUACCGGGAGAAUUAUGAGAAGACCAAGCAUGCCUACACCUUACCUAAAUGCCUGGAAGACGACCCUCAGGCUGCAAGAUGCGUAAAAGUUGGAAAACUCAACCUUGAUCGCCUGUACAAGAGCAACUACGAGCAGAACAAGGCCAAGGUGCACCUGCCGCCAGAUAUGCUGGAUGUGGUGGCUGCCAGACAGACCCAGGACAGCGUCAGCGAGAUCAAUUACCGCAAGUACCUGCACCAGUGGAUCUGUCUACCUGACAUGCAGGUGUACGCUCAUGCACGCAAGGUCAACGAGCAGCUCAGUGACAUCUUCUACAAGGAAGACAUGGCCUGGGUGAAGGGGGCCGGUUGCUACGUAUGGGACACACCUGAGAUCUUGCGCUGCAAACAUGCCAACACUCUGCAAAGUGAGGGCAAAUACAGGGCCAAGGGCAUUGAGCAUUUCAAGAACUACACAGUCGUGCUGGACACUCCCACUUAUGAGACCUGCAAGCAGAGUGCAGUAAACCUGAGCGAUCUUCACUACCGCCAAGACUAUGACAAGAACGUGAAGGGCACAAACACAGCCCCAGCUGUCACCGUGGACACGGAGAGAGCCAAGCUGGCAAACACUAUCCAGAGUGACAUCCUCUAUAAGGAAGCCAACAUGAAGUCUAUGCCAACUGGAUACACACUUCCUCAUGAUACUCCUCUCAUCAGUAAAGCCAAGGCCAACAGCAUCGUUACCAGCAAUGUGAAGUACAAGGAGGCCUUUGAGCUCAUAAAGGCAAAAAGCUACACACUGGACCCCAAUGGUGUUACCUUUGUCAACAUCAGGAAUGCCAACAAGAUCACCAACCCUAGAUUGUACCGUGAGCAGUAUGAAAAGGAAAAAGACAAGAUCCACACCACCCACGACACACCAGAGAUCAGACAAGUCAAGGCUAACCAAGAAGCCAUCAGUGAUCUAUGCUACAAGGAGAAGUAUUACAACAGUCGGGGUAGUCUCAUCUCCAUGCCGAUUACUCCAGAACUGAUGCACUGCUACCAUGUCAAUGAGAUCACCAGUGAUCUGAAAUACAAGGAAGAUCUCAAAUGGCUGAAAGGUAUCGGCUGUUUCCUGUACGACACACCUGAGAUCGUCCACAUCCGCAAGAUCACCAAGUUCCGAACCAACUACCCAGUUGAAGCAAAGAAGAUGCGUGAAAAGUACUCUGUUGUCCUGGACACACCAGAGUACACCCGUGUGACUGAGUUGAAGAACCACCUAAGUGAGUUGGUGUACAGAGCUCAAGGCAAUGAGCAGAAAACCAAGUGUACAACUCCAGCAGACAGCAUAGAUAUCCAGAGAGUCAAAUGGGCUCAACUCCUCACAAACAAGUACAAAUACGUGGAUCUGGCCUCCAAAGAGAGGGCCCACUACACCCCGGAGCUCAACACCCCGGUCAUGGAACACGCCCGGCACAUGAAAGUGGUGUUCAGUGAGAAAAAAUACAAGGAUCAGUACGAGAAGAUGAAGCACAGAUACACCUCCAUCGCAGACACGCCCAUCCUUGUCCGUGCCAAGAAGGCCUACCUCAAUGCCAGUGAUCUGCGCUACAAGGAAAUCUUUGAGACGAGCAAGGGACGCUACCGUACGGUGAAGGAUGCCAUCAACAUUGUCUACCACCGCAAGGUCACCGAUGACAUUAGCGAGGUGAAAUACAGGGAGAAGUACAUCAGCUCACUGGGUCUCUGGAGGUCCAUCCCAGAUCGUCCUGAACUCUUCCACCACAAGAUGGUCCGCGAUGCUGUCAGUGACAUCAAGUACAAGGAGGACCUGGACUGGCUGAAGGGCAUCGGCUGCUACGUGUGGGACACUCCAGACCUGGUGCACGCAGGGAACAACAAGGCGCUAUACAGCGAGAGGCUGUACAAGUCAUCAUUCGAGAAGAACAGGUUGAACUUCAGGUACACCUGCGACACCCCGUUCUUCAAGUCGGCCAAGUACGCCUCCGAUCUCAUCAACGAGAUCAGGUAUAAGGGCAAGGCCAAGGAGCUUCUGAAAAGUGGCUGCAAUGAGUUGCACCGGCCAGACAUCCUGGGGGCCCUUUACAAUUCCAGCAUGUGGAGUAAGUGGAAGUACAAGGAGAAGUAUGAGCGUGAAAAGAGCAAGUUCACCUCCCUCCUGGAGACCCCGGAGAACGAGACCCAUAAGCGCAACAAGAAGAUCACUGAUAUCAUCUAUAAGAUGGAGUACAACAAGAAUAAGGCCAAAGGAUACACUCUGGGUCACGACACACCUGUCGCACAGCACAUGAGGAGGGUCAAGGACAUCAUCAGCACGCUGAAGUACAAGGAGACAUAUGAGAGAGAGAAGAGUCACAUCAACAUUGCCCCAGAUGCCUACGACAUCAGGGCAGCCAAGGAGGCUUACAAGAACAUCAGCAACCUGGACUACAAGAAGAAAUAUGAAGCCACCAAAGCCAAAUGGAUCUGGACCGUUGACAGGCCUGACUUUAUUCAUGCUGUGCAUACCAACCUUCAGCAGAGUGAUGUUGAGUACAAGUAUGACAGGCAGGCGCUGAAAGGCUGCAAGCUGUCUGUCGCAGAUGACAAGUACACAACCCUGGCCAAGCAUACCUCGGAGCUGACCAGUGAUGUGAAAUACAAAGAGAAAUAUAUGAAGGCCAGGGGCACCUACCAGGUUGUUUCAGACACACCUCAGAUCCUUCUUGCCAAAUCAGUGGCCACCUUGAUCUCAGAGAACAAAUAUAAGGAAGCCAGUAAGAAGGAGAUGCAGAGUGGCUCUUUCACCACUCUGCCUCAGACCCGUGACACCACCCACAGCAGGGAGAUCACCAAGCUUGUGAGCGGGAAAGUGUAUAAAAAGAAGUUCGAAGAAGAGAAAGGAAAGGCAAAGUACAACAUUAUGGUGGCUCCCCCUGAUGUGAAGCAUGCUAUGGAUGUAGCCAAGAAUCAAAGCAAUUAUGCCUACAAGCAGGAAGCAAAGGCCAAGCUUCACUAUACCCCUGUGGCUGACCGGCCUGACAUUAAGAAGGCUACACAGGCAGCCAAGCUCAUCAGUGAAAUUGGUUACCGCGAGAAAGCUCGCCAGGAAGCUGCCCGUGGAGGAGUCAUAGCCGGUCGUCCUGAUAUCACUCUGGCCACGAAGGUGUCCAAGUUGACGAGCCAGCUGAAGUAUAAAGAGAAGUUUGACAAGGAGAUGAAGGGGAAGAAGCCAGAGUAUGACCUGCAGAAGAGUAAGAUCUACCAGACUCUGAAGGACGCCAACACGCUUGCCAGCGAGAUCAAAUACAAGGGCGACCUGAAGAAGAUCCACAAACCUGUGACCGACAUGGCAGAGUCUCUGUCCAUGCAGCACGGCCUGAGCACCAGCAGGCUGGCCAGUGAUGUGAAGUAUAAGGAGAAGUACCAGAAAGAGAGAGGGAAGCCAAUGCUGGACUUCGAGACGCCCACAUAUGUGACGGCCAAGGAAGCUCAACACAUGCAGAGCCAGAAAGUGUACAGGAGGGAUCUUGAGGAGGGGGUCAGGGGUAAAGGGCUAACAGUGCUGGAGGAAACUCCCGAAUUGUUGAGAGCAAAGAAUGCUACUCAGAUUCUCAACGAGAAAGAGUACAAGAAGGCGUUGGAAUACGAGAUUAAGGGCAAGGGAAUGUUGGCCUUGGCUACUGAUACUCCAGACUUCCAGAGGGCAAGGAAUGCUACAGAUAUCCUCAGUCAGGCCAAGUACAAGCAGACUGCAGAAAUGGACCGCUCCAGCUACACCACAGUGAUCGACACCCCUGACAUCAUCCAUGCUCAGCAGAUCAGGAACAUCAUAAGCCAGAAAAAGUACAAGGAGGAGGCGGAGAGGACCAUGUGCCACUACGUGCCGGUGCUAGACACCCCGGAGAUGCAACGGGUGCGGGAGAACCAGAGGAACUUCAGCACUCUGCAAUACCAGACCGACCUUAGAAAUAUUAAAGGCAAAGUGACCGUUGUACACUUCACUCCUGAAAUGCUGCGCGUUAAAGAGAAUCAAAAGAAUUUCAGCACGGUGUUGUAUAAGGACACCCGGGUGAAGGGAACACCAGUCUCGUACACUCCAGAGAUGGAGCGGGUGAAACGAAACCAACAACACAUUAGCUCGGUCCUUUACUCGGACAGCUUUCGCAAGCAGGUCCAGGGCAAGGCCGCCUUCGUCUUGGACACCCCAGAAAUGAGACGCGUCAAGGAGACGCAGCGCAUCAUCUCUGGUGUGCGGUACCAUCAGGAAUUUGAAAAGAGCAAGGGCAGCUUCACUCCAGUAGUAAUGGACCCCAUUACAGAGCGUGUGAAGAAGAACAUGCAGGACUUCAGCGACAUCAGUUACCGAGGCAUCCAGAGGCGUGUGGUGGAGAUGGAGAGGAGGAGAACCAUAGAGCACGACCAGGAGACCAUUACAGACCUACGUGUGUGGCGCACCAACCCCGGCUCAGUGUUUGACUACGACCCAGCAGAGGACAACAUCCAGUCCAGGAGCUUGCACAUGCUGUCAGUCCAAGCACAGCGUCGCAGCAAGGAGCACUCCCGCUCCACCAGCGCCAUGAGUAUUGGGGAUGAGAAGUCAGAGGGAUCUGAGAAUGUAGAGCAUCACCUGUCUGUGUACAGCAACGGCUUCCCUGCCUCAUCCCUGGGCUACCAACAUGCCAAGACUGUGGAGGUUCAGCAGAGAUCCUCCUCUGUGGCCACACAACAGACUACCGUAUCCUCAAUCCCCUCUCACCCAUCCACCACUGGGAAAACCGUGCGGGCCAUGUAUGACUACAUUGCUGCAGACCAGGAUGAGGUGUCCUUCAAGGAUGGAGACGUCAUUGUGAAUGUACAGUCUAUUGACGAAGGCUGGAUGUACGGCACCGUGCAGCGCACUGGGAAGACUGGUAUGCUGCCAGCCAAUUACGUGGAGGCCAUCUAAACACAAGACAACUACAGGGUGAAAAGCAUAGCAAAGAGCUGUUAGUCACAGGGCUUCAUAGAUUUGUACGUUUAUUUGUGGCAAGUAGUGGUCGGGUAGCAUGCUGUUGAUGUCACUUCCAUGCUGUGGUUUAGGUACUUGUUUCUGUCCACCCUGUUUGGAUGUCAACAGUGCAACACUGAAACUGAGCAAAUCAGGACAAUGACCUAAAAAUGACAGACAUGAAUGUUCUACAAAAAUGUCUUAAAGAAUGUCUUGCUUUUGAGAAGUUGUGUACCAAUGGAAAAAUGACCACUAUUUUUGUAUAUCAAUGCACUUAGUAUCAUAUGUCAGAGUAACUGAAGUUGAGCUGUGACCCUUCCAGUACAAUUACUUACCCUGUUGAACAUCACAGGUUCUACAGAUUUCCUCUUAGGAAAAGCAAAAAUUAAGACUAACUACAGUGAACAUUGAGAGACAAAUGUGCCUUUGAAACCUUCUGGAGACUCCUCUGAAUCAAGCUGCUUUGGAGAGUUAAGAUCAGCCUCUUCCCUCCUUUGUUGAAGGCUGGCCACUUAAUGCAUGUGUGUUUUUCUUCUGAUUAACUAGGUCUGGGGGUAAAGGAAAUCAUAUGCCUUUCAAGCAAUAGCUAAUAAAGCACACUUAACGCAUUA